CGCCAGUCGGUGGCAACACUUCCACCUCAGCCAUCGAGGCAAAUUUUCCCGAUAUCGUUCCAGCAACCGGCGGACCGUCCUCUUCAUCAUGUGCAUCCUGGUCGCGAUUCUCCUCGUGGCGGGUCUGUCAGUGGCAACCGCGGCACCGUCCGGAUACCUGAGCCAUGGUGCCGCGUUGGCCGGUCCUAUUCUGGGACCAGCAACUCUCACCGGACCUGCUAAUGGUCCAUCAGCUCUCGCCGGACCGGUAGUUGGGCCCGCGCGUCUCUCCGGAGCUGUCGAUGGCGGUGCUGUUGUCACCGGUGCGGUUGCUGGACCGUCGGUUGUUUCCGGUAGCGUCGCUGGACACACGGCGGUGGUUGGUCCUGCUCUCGGCUACGCAGCGCCAGGAUUGGGAUGGCCGGCUUAUGGUCCAUACGGAGCAGUGCUGGCGGGUCCUCUUGCGGGUCCUGCGGCUGUCGCCGGACCGGUUGCAGCUCCAGCCCUGAUCGCAGGUCCAUCCGGUAGCAUCGCUGCUGGACACGGCGGAUUAGGCGGUAUUGUUCGUGGAUACGCAGCUGGACACUGGUAAUUGGUUUCAUUCGGCAAUGUGACUUAAUGACCUCCGCGACUGAUCUCUUCGACACCCACCAUCUCGGCUACUGCAUCGUGAACUUCGUCAUUCGGCGUAUCUCCAGUCAAUGCAUCUCUUCUACACAUUCUAUAUAAGUGUACAUAACAAUGUUUCCCCGUAUGCAGUGUUAUACAUAAAUAUAAUAAAUGCGCACACAUGGCACUUCUGG